UCAGUUUCUAACAAUGGCGGGUAUUGUUGACUUCGUUAUUUCCUUGAUCCAAUUAAUAUGUCCACAGCCAUGCUUUGACACAUUUUUUCUGCACUAUGAUUUCUUUCAUAUUGACUGUGUGAAGCUGACCAUCAGUAAAAUAUUCAGCUUUGGUAUCAUCAUUGGUUCUGUGUUGGUGAAACUACCUCAGAUCUUCAAGAUUAUCAAGUCCAAGAGUGGUACAGGAAUUAAUUUAUUUAGUGUCACCCUGGAGCUAGGAGCCAUGAGUGCUUCUGUCUGCUACGGAUAUGCUUCAAAAUUCCCAUUCAGUUCUUAUGGAGAAGCAAUCUUCUUGGCAGUGCAGACGGUUGUUAUUGGAAUGCUGGUGUUGCACUACCAGCAGAAGAGCUUACACAUGUUGCUAUACCUAGGGACGUACUGCACUACAAUGAGUAUUUUGCUCUCGUCAAUGGUGCCAUUUGCAUUGCUGAAAUUCUUGCAAACGUCUAUUAUUCCUGUCAUCAUAUUCAGCAAGUUACUUCAAGCCUCUGAAAACUACAAAAACCAGAACACAGGACAGCUGUCUGCUAUUACCAUAUUCCUGCUGUUUGGCGGGGCUUUAGCUAGGAUCUUCACAUCGAUGCAGGAAACCGGUGACAAUCUGUUAAUGAUAACAUUUGUUGUGUCUGCCUCUCUCAACGGUCUGAUAGCAUUCCAGGUGCUCUAUUACUGGAAUUCUACAAACGCCAUCAACGCAAAAUCAAAAUCAAAACCGAAGACUUCCUAAGGAUUCCGAAAUUAUUAUGACUAAUAAUAAUAAUAAUAAUAAUAAUAAUAACAAUAAUAAUAAUAAUAAUAAUAAUAAUAAUAAUAACAAUAAUAAUGGUUUGAAAUUUUGGCACAAGGCCCGCAAGUUUUGCGUAGCGAGUAAAUUGAUUACAUCGACCCCCAGUGCUCAGUUUAUUUUAUUGACCCCAAGAGAAUGGAAGGCAAAAUUGACCUGAACGAAAUUUUAACUCAGGAAUGUAAAGAUAGACAAAAUACUGGUAAGCAUUUCGCCCAGUAUCCAGCAUGCUAACAAUUCUACCAGCUCACCGCCUUAAUCAUAGCAAUGAUGAUAAUAAUAAUCUUCUGUACUUAAACCACAAAGCCUGACAUUUUGGCGAAUGGGAAGGGUCAACCCCAAAAUGAUGAAAGGUAAAGCUGACCUCUAUGCAAUUUGAACUCAGCGUAAAACCAGACAAAAUACUGUCAAUCAUUUUCCCCAGUUGGUUAAUGAUUCUGCCAGCUUAAUAAUAAUAACAAUAAUAAUAAUAAUAAUUUUUUUUUUAAUUUUGAGACAAGGCCAGCAAUUUUUAAGGGAAGGGUGGUCUUUUGAUGACAUUGAAGCCAGUACUUGAAAAGUACUUGAUUUUAUUGACCUUGUUAGUGUGGUAGGCCCUGUUAGUGUGGUCACCCAGAGACCUCAAGAAACAAGUUAGAAGUUCAAGCUGGUGCUAUGACUAGGAUGCCAUAUAUUUGGCUUUGUACAGUGUAUUGUUCUAGAGAAUGUCUGUCAAAACAAGUGAAUUUGAUAUUUGUUUUAAAAGUGAUUCAGUUAUAAGAUGGUAGUCUGAUGUUAAGAUGACAGUAAAAGGUGUUUCUUCUUCUUCUAAUUAUGAUUAUAAUUAUUAUUAUUAUUAUUAUCAUUAUUGAGUGAGAGAGCAGUGCAUGCCAUCAAAGUGACACUGGGGUACAAAUAUAUGAAGCCCAAUAUACCCAUCAUGACUACCCGCCUAAUAAGGGUACACCAGGCAGAUGCAUCACAACUAUAUGUGUGCGGCAUGGUGAUCCCAUAACAAGAUAAACAACACAUGGCCUUGCAGGUGGGGCCCAGUUAAAAUUUUCUUCAGGUCGAGUAGCCCAUCCCGCUCAAAAGGACCUGAUUAAUGGUUGUUUAAGGAUGAUGAACAAAACACCUAUGUUUCCAAAAGUGAAUUAUCCAAACCCCAAAGAAUUCCUCUCAACACCUGGCUUGAUGGUCCCCCAAUACUUCUGCUCGUGAUCAGGGAUGCACAUAUCGUCAGCCACCAAGAGACAUGCUUAACUGGUUAAGGUGAAGCAACUGACAAGCAGAUCUGUGGUAUUGAGCAGAAUAUUUGCUGUAGCCCAUCUUUUAUACCAAGACAAAACAUUAUUAUUAUUAUUAUAAAAGAAAUCUUACCAUUAUUAAGGGUGACAACUGGCAGAAUCAUUACCAUGAAGAGGUGAAAUACUUUGUUGCAUUUCGUCCAUCUAUGUUCUGAGUUCAAAUUUCACCAGGGUUGAUUUUGCCUUUCAUCCUUUCAGGGUCAUUAAAUUAGUACCAGUUGAGUACUGGGUUUAAUCCAAUCAACUU